AUGAGAAUUGCGUUAGACCAAGAAAAUAUGGCCAGUGUUCAGAAUCAGAUGCCAAUUUCGAAAUCACUGGGCCGAAAUAUAAGAGGACUCCAUCCAAAGACUCCUCACAACAGAUAUCCAAAGACCUCCUUCCAAAACCCUCUUCAGGACGAGAACCAAACAACUAUAUUCGGAAAAAAAUUUGGGAAAUAUAACGAUAAUGAAAACGCUGAGAACAAUGGGAAAAACAGUGCAUUAUUCGACAAAGAUGUUUUUGCAACGCCGAUUGGGCCUCGGACUCGGGCGCCGCUUGGUGCUAAGACAACCAACGCAAAAGCUAAAGUAUUACAAACGCCAAGUGCUCUUGCCCCACCUAAAGAGGAGCAUGAAUUUCCACAAAUGCCUUCGAAAGUACAAAUUUUCAAGAAUGUUACACACGUAAACAUAAAUAAUCUAGAGAUCGAAGGGAAAGAAAAACCUCUUCGUGAAAGGGAGGUUGAAUAUUGCCCCCCAAAACCUAAAGAUCUCCCAUACCAGUCAGAUACUUUUCCUGAUAAUUGCAUUGAUUACUCCAACAUACACACAAAAAAUAUUUUAAGAGAUCUUCAGAAAUCCCAUCUGUCUCAUAUCAUUGAUGAAUCUGGGCGGUCAAAGCUCGAACAAGAGAAUGCCAAGUCGUACCAAGAGGAUAUUAAGGAAGUAGACGAAGCUAUCCUUCGAAUGAUGGAGGAGGAAUGGACCGUGAAUGAUAGAUUCGAAAAUACUGUCCUCUCCGAAAAAAAAGUCCCACAAGGUCAAUUGACAAAUUUUGUAGCAGGUGGCCAAAUUGGCCCAUUUUCCUCUGGUACAGGACUGUGUACGCUCUCUGCCCGUAGGGCUGCUGCCAUACUUUCCUGUACACCUACAUCUGAAGAUAGACCUUGCCAAAGAAAAAGUAAAUUACCGACACCGACACCCUCUUUUCUAUCCAAAUACUACCCUAAGUCUAAUUGUCACUCAAAAAAACACAUAAAUAGUGGCAAGACAUACCCUGAAACGAGGCAUAUAAGAUCUGCUGUCAUAUCGAAGUCUACAAUUGGAUACUCGAAAGGUAGAGAAGUUCCUCUUAAUUUACAUAAACCCAGAGAUACUCAAAGAAACUCCAACAGAAGUGUAAGCUGCCUGUCAAUAGGAUCAGACACAACAGUCACGCCUGAGAGGUUCGAGCUCGAAUCAGAAUUACGCGAUCCCUAUUUCCUCGAGAUCUUUAAGACAGGAGAGGAAGAGGUAGAGUCAGGGUUACUUGGUGAAUUUCCCGAUCAUCAUAUUAUGGACGAAGACGAUGAGUGUUUCAUUAUACUCCCGUCUCAGGAUACGUCGUAA